UCAUAUUAUUUUCAGCUGCUCGAAUAAUAUUUCAGGUCAGCUCAAUUUGACUGAUUAUUAUUAAAUUGAACAGCAAUAUGGCCGAUAACGCAGAACCACUGACUUUGUCCAGAGAUGUCAAAAGAUCGAUAGAGCUCUUGGAAAAGCUGCAAGCGAGUGGCGACUUCCCCACGACAAAACUGGCCGCCCUGCAGAAGGUGCUCAACUCGGACUUCAUGACCUCCGUGCGGGAGGUGUACGAGCACGUCUACGAGACGGUGGACAUCCAGGGCUCCCACGACGUGAGGGCAUCCGCCACUGCCAAGGCCACUGUGGCAGCCUUCGCAGCCAGCGAGGGGCACGCUCAUCCCAGAGUCGUCGAGCUCCCGAAAACGGAGGAGGGUAAGACACGCCCCUAUGAGCUAAGAAUCGAGGGGAUUCCCCUAUAUCAUAAAACCAAUACCUUGAUUGUAAAGGUCUAUAGACCGAGAAUAUAUGUUUCUAUUAUACAUCUUAUAUGGAAAGCUUUAUCAAUCUUUAAUUUUUGUUUUUCAGGCUUGGGUUUCAAUGUAAUGGGGGGCAAGGAGCAAAACUCGCCCAUCUAUAUAUCCCGAAUAAUACCUGGAGGCGUGGCUGACAGGCAUGGUGGUCUGAAAAGGGGAGAUCAACUUUUGUCUGUGAAUGGUGUGUCUGUCGAAGGAGAAAACCACGAGAAGGCCGUAGAGCUAUUAAAGCAAGCUGUCGGAUCUGUAAAGCUGGUGGUACGCUACACACCAAAGGUUCUCGAGGAAAUGGAAAUGCGAUUUGAUAAGCAACGCAACACACGUCGUCGCCAAUAAGGCACAUCGGCAAAAACUUGUGCCAUAGUAGUUUUUGCCAUUAGACCAUGCUGAUAUGCACGUAUCAAGCCCUUUACGAAUAAUAUAAUUUAACACAAAUACCAUUUAUAUAUUAUUUAUUACAAAGAAACUCUGGAAAAUUACUCUUUAAUCGUAAAAAGUGAGUGUUAUGUAUUUGUAACUAAUUACCGCGUUGGUUUUUGUUCCAAUAAAUGUAAUUAAAACUGUC